CAGCAGCAGCAGCAACAUCAGCAACAGCAACGUAUUGCCAGCAAUCAGCAGCAACACAACGCAGCAGCAGGCAACGCUGCUUCGUCACAUCAAGUGCAUGAUAAUGGACCAACGUCCCAUCAUCUACAUCAUCAUCAGCAGCAACAGCAACACGCAACAGCAGCAACAACAACAGCAGCAGCAGCAGCAGCAACAGCAGCAGAAGCAGCAGCAGCAACAAGUUGCCAAUAUGUCGUAUCCGCAACGCAUCUCGAGUGGCACUCAAAUUCAAAG